CUCUAGUUAGUCACCAGCGGCGAAGAAGAAGCGCCUGCCCAGCAUGGCAAUGAGCGUCAUUUCGUUUCGCUGAGGAGGGAGAGAGGACGUGCGCUACAGAGCGGCUGCACCGGAUUGAUUGUGGGGGAUGCUACAGUUUUAUUCUUCUGUAUAGUCUCGCUUCUAGCGCUUGGUCGCCUUGUCUUUAUUUCACCCAACUCUGUAUCAGUCUCAUUUUGCUACUUAACUCAAGCGGAAGAGAAGCCUUUAUUUGGAGUGUUCUUAAAGACUGAUGGUGUGGAAUGUUCUCCUGUCAUAGAGAAACAUACGCAGUAUAGACGCUAAUGGGACCGUUCGUUGGAACACUGAGGUGACGGAAGCAUAUCUGGCAGUCUGAAAAGGAACAGGAUUUGGUUCCUGCUCAUGAGCACCAUGGGCACAGGCUUGCUGGUUUGAAACACAGACUCCACUGGAGAAACCCCGGGAGGCUGACGGCUGAGCGAGCAGGGCUGACAUGGUGCACAGAGCCGACGGCGGAAUUCGGGGGUGAAAGGGUCAAGGGUCAAGUGUCAAGGGUCAGCGCACCGGGCACUGCUUAGCGAGGCGUGUGGGGCCGAUCGGAGGGCUCCGGCGGAGGGAUACGUCCAGGGGCCACAGCGGAGGAGCGGCGCGGGAAGGGCCCGGGCGGACUACCGGUGACAGGCGGACGGGCGGCGGAAGAAGCAGGAUGUGGGAGGGGCUUGUGCUGCAGGUGAUUUUCGUGUGUUUGGGCGUGGCCCUGUGCAGCCACUCCCCUUCACUCCAGGACCACGCCCACCGGAGGCGACUGUCGCCGCACAGGCACAGGGAGCGGGGCAAGGAGGGCCAAGUCCUCCACCGCUCCAAGAGGGGCUGGGUCUGGAACCAGUUCUUCGUCAUAGAGGAGUACACAGGGCCGGACCCCGUGCUGGUGGGGCGGCUGCAUUCCGACGUGGACUCCGGCAACGGCAACAUCAAGUACAUCCUGUCGGGGGAGGGGGCGGGCACCAUCUUCGUCAUCGACGACAAGACGGGGAACAUCCACGCCACGAAGACGCUGGACCGGGAGGAGCAGGCGCAGUACACGCUCACGGCGCAGGCCGUCGCCCGGGAUACCAACAAGCCCCUGGAGCCACCCUCGGAGUUCAUCGUCAAGGUGCAGGACAUCAACGACAACCCGCCCGAGUUCCUCCACGGCCCGUACUACGCCCGGGUGCCCGAGAUGUCCAGCGUGGGUACGUCGGUGAUCCAGGUGACGGCCACGGACGCGGACGACCCCACCUACGGGAACAGCGCCAGGCUGGUGUACAGCAUCCUGCAGGGACAGCCGUACUUCUCGGUGGAACCGCAGACAGGGAUCAUUCGAACGGCCCUGCCCAACAUGGACAGGGAGGCGCGGCAGGAGUACAACGUGGUCAUCCAGGCCAAGGACAUGGGGGGCCACAUGGGGGGCCUGUCCGGGACGACGGAGGUGAAGAUCACCCUGACGGAUGUCAACGACAACCCUCCCAAAUUCCCUCAGAGUACCUACAGCAUGUCCGUCUCGGAGGACAAGGAGGUGGGCGAGGAGGUGGGCCGGCUGAGGGCCAGGGACCCCGACCUGGGGGAGAACGGCCUGGUGUCCUACCGGCUGCUGGACGGGGACGGGAUGGGCACGUUUGAGAUACACACCGACUCGCACUCCCGCGAGGGCGUGGUCAAGCUCAAAAAGGCGGUGGACUUUGAGACGAAGCGUGCGUACUCGCUCAAGGUGGAGGCGUCCAACACGCACGUGGACCCCCGCUUUAUCGCCUGGGGGCCCUACAAGGACACGGCCACCGUCAGGAUCGCGGUGGAGGACGCGGACGAGCCGCCCGCCUUCACCGCGCCCAGCUACGGCUUCGAGGUGGAGGAGAACGCGCCCGACGGCACGUCGGUGGGACGGGUGCACGCCAAGGACACCGACAUGGCCAACAGCCCCAUCAGGUACAUGAUCCCUCGCUACACUGACCUGGAGCAGUUCUUCAGCAUCGGCCCAGAGGACGGGGUCAUCAGAACCACCCGACCGCUGGACCGCGAGUCGCAGGCCUGGCACAACAUCUCCGUCAGCGCCACCGAGAUCAGUGGGCAUCACCAGGAUGCCAAAGUCCGCGUCAACAUCAAAGUCAAAGACGUGAACGAUAACGCCCCGGAAUUCGCCACGCAAAAUGAAGUACUCGUGUGUGAAAACGUAGCGCACGGCAAGCUCAUCGAGACGGUCAGCGCGGUCGACAAAGACGAGAUGGCCCACCGCCAGCACUUCCGAUUCAGCCUGGCCCCUGAGGUGGCCAACAACCACAACUUCUCGCUCAAGGACAACAGAGACAGCACGGCUGGCAUCUACGUGACCCGGAAGGGCUUCAGCCGGAUGACCCAGGACAUCUACCUCCUGCCCAUCGAGAUCAACGACGGGGGCAGCCCGCCCAUGAGCAGCACCAACACGCUGACCAUCCGCGUGUGCAGCUGCGACAGCAAGGACACCAUCCUGUCCUGCAACGUGGAGCCCUACGUCCUGCCCGCCGGCCUCAGCACGGGCGCCCUCAUCGCCAUCCUGGCCUGCAUCAUCAUCCUGCUGGCGAUCGUGGUGCUGUUUGUGGCCCUGCGGCGGCAGAAGAAGGAGCCGCUCAUCGUGUUCGAGGAGGAGGACAUCCGGGAGAACAUCAUCACCUACGACGACGAGGGCGGGGGCGAGGAGGACACGGAGGCCUUCGACAUCGCCACGCUGCAGAACCCCGACGGCGCCAGCGGCUUCCUGCCGCGGAAGGACAUCAAGCCGGAGCUGCAGUACGCGCACCACCCCGGGGGGGUGCGGCCGGCCGCCAACAGCGUGGACGUGGACGACUUCAUCAAGACGCGCGUGGUGGACGCCGACAGCGACCCCACGGCGCCGCCCUACGACUCCAUCCAGAUCUACGGCUACGAGGGGCGGGGCUCCAUCGCCGGCUCGCUCAGCUCCCUGGAGACGGUAACCACGGACUCGGACCUGGACUACGAUUACCUCCAAAGCUGGGGCCCGCGCUUCAAGAAGCUGGCCGACCUCUACGGCACCAAAGACUCCGCCGACGACAACUCCUAACACCCGGGAGAUUUCCGUUCAAACGCCCCCCCACCCCCCCCCAUACCUCCCCCCCGACCCGUUCCACCAUCGCCCCUGCCCUUCCCACCACACCCUCCCGCCUCUACCUGUCCCUAUACCGACAUUUAGUGUGUGAAGUUUACUAUAAGAGUUUCAUUCCACAUAAAGAAGACCAUCUAUUUAUAGUAAACUUUUCUGCUUGUUUGUUUUAAAGUAUACUUAGAGUGUGAUCAGUCUCAGUCUAGGGGUUGAAUCUGGACCAAGUGGAAAUAAGGAGGAAGGCGGAAGCUGAAGUGAAGACACCUCAAUGGGAUUUACCGGCGUGUCAAUCAAACGUACCGUUGACGUGGCGACGAGAGAGAUAAAAGAACAUUCGGCGUUUCGCGUUUGCCUGCCGGACGGCUAGUACAGCUUUGACUUUACAGCGGUUUGCCAGGACAGGGACUUACAUCCAGAAGAGACAUGAACCUGGAGCUACUGAUACUGUGAAAAUGCUCACCAUGAAAAAAAAACAACAAAAACGAGACAAAAAAAGCCGUUGCCUUAUUAAAAAAAAAAAAGAUUUAAAAAACACAAAAAAAUUCACAAAAUAACAUCAAACUGAGAUUGAACGCUUCUAGAGCACGUCCAUCUUGCAGAUUUUUUUGUCCUGACUAGGGUUUUUUUCUAGAUUUAAAAAUGACAGAGACUUUUCUGUGUUUUUUCAGACUCAAAGAAAUUCCAACUUCCGCCAAAUGAAGUAUCAAUCACAAAAAAAUAAACAAGCUGUGAGCUAAAAAUGGCCUUAAAUAAUGGACACUCUUAAGACACAGUGCAUUUUUUUUGUAACUUGAAAAAUAUAUAUCGUAAAGCUAAAAUCCAUUUAACGUAUGUACAGUACGAUGUGCAAAUAUGUCUCUUGAGGAUCAAAACUUGCGCCGUCUUAUUCUUUACACUUUUUUUUUUAGUAUUAUAUGAUUACUAUUAUUAUUAUUAUUGUUAUUUUUGGUUCUCCUUUCUUAUUUUCUUUAUUGGCAAAUUGUAUUCUCCUUUCCGUAAAUACCAAUCUGUCCUGUCGCGGUGAAAGAUGCCUAAUUUCUAAUGUCAAUUUAUGGUAUCUAUUUGUACAAUUUUAAAGGUUCUUAUUUUAGUAUACAUGCAGAUAUCAGUAUUUCAACAUGUAAGAAAAUGUUACCACAUCGCUCAUAUUUUAUGAACAUUGUACUGUCGCUUUACUACGUGCUUCGGUCUGAGAAGCGGAGAUCUUUGAAAUAAAUGCUCUUUUUAUAAAAAGA